UGCGGGACGGGACCGAACAGGACGGGGCAGGCGGCGGCUGAGGUAGCGGGUCUUGAAGGUUCCUCAGGCUCCUCACUCGGUUCCGGUGACAGGCUCGGCCCGGAGGGCUUAGUCCCUCGCCAUGGACUCGCAGAAAGAAGCUCUACAAAGAAUCAUUUCAACCCUGGCAAGUAAGAACGACGAGAUUCAGAACUUUAUCGAUACACUAAAUCACACUCUGAAAGGAGUGCAGGAAAAUUCUUCCAACAUACUUUCAGAACUAGAUGAAGAAUUUGAUAGUUUGUACUCUAUAUUAGAUGACGUAAAAGAAAGCAUGAUCAGCAGCAUCAAGCAGGAGCAAGCCCGUAAAUCCCAGGAGUUACAGAGUCAGCUUAGCCAAUGUAAUAAUGCCCUGGAAAACUCCGAAGAACUUCUAGAAUUUGCAACCAGGUCAUUAGAUAUAAAGGAACCUGAAGAAUUCUCAAAGGCUGCCAGACAGAUCAAGGAUAGAGUCACAAUGGCUUCAGCCUUUCGCCUGUCUUUGAAACCAAAAGUCAGUGAUAACAUGACACAUUUAAUGGUGGAUUUCUCUCAGGAAAGACAGAUGCUGCAAACUUUGAAGUUUUUACCAGUACCAAAAGCUCCAGAAAUAGAUCCAGUAGAGUGUUUGGUGGCUGACAACUCUGUAACUGUAGCUUGGAGAAUGCCUGAAGAAGAUAAUAAGAUUGACCACUUCAUAAUGGAAUACAGGAAAACAAACUUUGAUGGACUUCCCCGAGUGAAGGAUGAGCGAUGCUGGGAAAUGAUUGAUAACAUUAAGGGUAGUGAAUAUACAUUAUCAGGAUUAAAAUUUGAUUCAAAGUAUAUGAAUUUCAGAGUGCGAGCUUGCAACAAGGCUGUGGCUGGAGAAUAUUCUGAUCCAGUGACCCUGGAGACCAAAGCACUUAACUUCAGUUUAGAUAAUUCAUCAUCCCAUUUGAACUUGAAAGUUGAAGAUUCCUGUGUAGAGUGGGAUCCUACUGGAGGAAAAGGCCAAGAAAGUAAAAUUAAAGGAAAAGAGAAUAAGGGCAGUGCCCAUGUUACUUCUCUGAAGAAACAUACAAGAAGUGGUACACCAUCCCCCAAACGGACAUCUGUAGGCUCUAGGCCACCAGCAGUAAGAGGCAGCAGAGACCGUUUUACUGGGGAGUCAUACACAGUCCUAGGAGACACUGCUAUUGAAAGUGGACAACAUUAUUGGGAAGUAAAGGCCCAGAAGGAUUGUAAAUCCUAUAGUGUGGGUGUAGCAUACAAAACUUUGGGGAAAUUUGACCAGUUAGGAAAGACAAAUACCAGUUGGUGCAUCCAUGUCAACAGCUGGUUACAGAACACAUUUGCUGCCAAGCAUAAUAAUAAGGUCAAAGCGUUGGAUGUUCCUGUUCCUGAGAAAAUAGGUGUGUUUUGUGACUUUGAUGGGGGUCAGCUUUCUUUCUAUGAUGCACACUCAAAGCAGUUGCUAUAUUCCUUCAAGACGAAAUUUACUCAGCCAGUACUGCCUGGUUUCAUGGUCUGGUGUGGUGGACUCUCUCUGAGUACUGGGAUGCAGGUUCCAAGUGCUGUGAGAACACUUCAGAAAAGUGAAAAUGGAAUGACUGGUUCAGCCAGCAGCCUCAACAAUGUCACUCAGUAGUGACACCCAGACUGUUCACCCUUCCUGUUGGAUUGGGUGGCCUUUCCACGCAGCUUCUAGCACAGAGGUUUCUGAGUGCUGGAAAUGGGUUUGCUAUGUCUGCUUUAAAGCCUGGAAUCCACUAGACUGAGCACCAAAUAGGAGGCAGCUCAGUGUCACAGAAGCAAGUAUUGGAGUAGUAGUAGGAAAAGGGCAGUACUGAGUAUUUAUGUAGAAAUCCACUUUUCUGUUCCUUAUUGCUACUGUGGCUCAUCUAGUAGGUGUAAUUCUAUAUGGUGACCCAGGGCCUGAGCUGCAAAGUUUGCCUUUCUUCCUUGCCUUGUUCUUGUUUCUUUCUCCUCACUAGCUGUUAUUAAUUCCUUACACUGAAGCUUUAAAAACACAAGGUCCCCUAAGGCUUCCUAGAAAUUUAAAUUAUUGCCUAGGGAUGACAGAGAAAUUUCCUUACAAUGGCUUACUUCACCCUUUUAUA